CUGCUAGCCAGAAUGUACCUCCAAAUGUAUUAGAGAUGUGAGGUUAAUCAAAUUUCACACAGUUGACUCUGACCGUGAUUGCCUGCGUACCAUAGCAAGAUAUAGUUUCCUGCUGGACUUUCAACGGAAAAGGACUGCCACUGUUUCUGUGUUGUUAUUGGAGCUAGCGCUAGCCUUGGCUGAAUUAGCUAACGCUGCUGUUUUUACUCCAGCGUCGCUGAUGUCGGUUUGUUGCUGCGGGGCAGUAAACCGCAAAAACAAGGUAACUCUGGAUUAAGUUAUAGGGGUAAGCAACUAAAGUAAUGUUUGUUUAACGUUAUUGCGCAAAUGGCCUAAAUCGAUAGUUUGCACGACAGGCUAACAUUAUUUGAAAAAGUGAAAUUAUCAGAUUAAUUGCUUCGUGCUUAUACAAAAAGAACUCGGUCAAAAUGCUAAUGAUGUUUAAGGUUAGCUAACACUCUCAACCUUCCUGCAGACGGACUUUAAUGUUAACCAGUAGUUGGCGUUAUUGCUGUCUCCAUGUUUUGAGAUGGAGCAGCAGAUCGCCAGUGAGAUGACUCGUUCAGCAUAGCACAUCUGUCUGAGUGAAAGGGAAAUCAUGUCUUGUAAAGCUGCAACCAAGGACAAGAAGUCCAGCUUCAGCAAGAAGCUGUUCAGGAGAGGUUCUGUACGUUCCGUGGGCAGUUUUAUGAGCAGAGUCCUGAGGACAUUGACAGCCUUAUCACACUUUGGAUCCGAAGUACAGACCGAGGACGAAAAGGAUGAUGGAGGAUUUUCCACCUUUAAAUCUGGAAAUAAGGAUGUUCCCAUGGAAGAUGGGCACCUGGGGUGCUUCCUAUCUGGGGAGAGAGUUCCUGGAGUGUCAGGUCUGAAAAAUCACGGGAAUACCUGCUUUAUGAAUGCAAUUCUGCAGUGCCUCAGUAACACUGAACUCUUUGCUGAGUACCUCGUUCUGGAGCACUAUAAAGGCGAGGAGUUGGAUGAGGACAAACCAAAGACAAAUGGCGUGUUUUUGCAGAAGAAGGGUCCUCUGACCAAAGGAGAAGUGACUGAGCAACUGUCAGGACUUGUUCGGGCUUUGUGGACGUUUGAGUAUACCCCCCAGCAUAGCAGGGAAUUCAAGAAUACUGUGUCCAAAAAUGCCACACAGUUUAAAGGGAACGCUCAGCAUGACGCUCAAGAGUUUCUUCUGUGGCUGUUGGACAGAGUACACGAGGACCUCAACACCGUGAACCCCGACAGCAGGCCUACUAUAAAGCCCCCUAUUGAAGAAGAUGACCAAACUAUAGAGGGGCCAUCUCCUCCUCUCUCUGCUGGGUCAUUUGUACAGGAACUAUUUCAGGCACAGUACCGGUCUUCGCUUACCUGUCCACAUUGCCAAAAGCAGAGCAACACUUUUGAUCCCUUCCUCUGUAUCUCCUUACCAAUCCCACUUCCACACACACGGCCCCUGUAUGUGACGGUGGUUUACCAGGGCAAGUACUCUCACUGUAUGAGGAUUGGAGUUGCUGUUCCUCUCAAAAGUACUGUCUAUCGCCUCAGAGAUGCUGUGUCACGUGAGACCAAGAUCCCAAUGGACCAGUUUGUUUUGACAGAAAUGUACUAUGACGGCUUUCAUCGUUCAUUCUGUGAUGAUGAUGAUGAUCUCGACAUUAUUCAAGAGAGCGACUCCAUCUUUGCCUUUGAGACACCCGAGACCUUUAAACUGGAAAACAUACGCACAAAAAGAGGAAGCCUUCUGGCAAACCUGAAUCAUAACAAUUUGAAAUAUGGGACAGAAAUCAGCAGGACUCCAUCCUUCAUGCAGGGGGCCAUGACUCCUGUAACUGGAUCACCCAAUAAAAAUCUAGGGCCGGAAAAAAUGAUCCUCUUGGUGUGUAACAGAGCAUGCACUGGCCACCAAGGAAAGAGGUUUGGCCUGCCUUUUGUACUGUACAUGGAGCGCACUGUGACCUGGGAUGCUUUACAAAAAGAGAUCCUGGAGAAAAUGCGCCACCUGUUGAGGCCUGGGGUCUAUGUUCAGAUUGGACCUUUCAGUCUUCGGGUGGUUGGCGUUGUUGGUAUCACCUACCUCCUUCCCCAAGACGAACGACCACUGUGUCACCCAACUGUUGAAAGAGCAUACAAGUCCUGUGGACAAGGAGGACCACCUCAUGUGAAGAUUGUGGUUGAGUGGGAUAAAGAGACUAAGGACUAUUUGUUUGGACACACUGAGGAGGAGUAUAUUCCAGAUGCCGAGAGUGUCUAUCUGCACAGAGAACAACAUCAUCAGCCGCAGGCCUGCACCCUUGCUCAGUGCUUUCAUCUCUACACAAAAGAAGAGCAGCUGGCCCCAGACGAUGCUUGGCGCUGUCCCCACUGCAAGCAGCUGCAGCAGGGUCGUAUAAAGCUCAGCCUGUGGACGCUGCCGGAUGUGCUCAUACUGCAUCUCAAGAGGUUUAGACAGGAGGGGGACCGGAGGGUGAAGAUGCAGAACAUGGUGAGGUUUCCUCUAAUGGGGAUGGACAUGGCUCCACAUGUGGUCAAGAGAAGCCAGAGUAGCUGGAGUUUACCCUCCCAUUGGUCACCAUGGAGACGGUCCUAUGGGCUGGGUAGAAACCCUGACGACUACCUGUAUGACCUGUAUGCUGUGUGCAACCAUCAUGGCAAUAUGCAUGGAGGCCACUACACUGCUUACUGCAAAAAUUCCAUCGAUGGGCAGUGGUACUGCUUUGAUGACAGCGAGGUUUCACCAAUCGCUGAUGAUGACGUGUGUCAGCAGACGGCUUACAUACUGUUCUAUCAGAGGAGAACUGCUAUCCCCUCCUGGUCUGCCAACAGCUCUGUUGCUGGUUCCACAAGUUCAUCCCUGUGUGACCACUGGAUUAACAGGUUGCCUGGCAGCAGACCCGCUAGCUUGGCCUCUGGAGCCUCGUCCAGACGCACCUCUCUGGCUUCACUUGCCGAGUCGGUAGAGUUUCCAGGAGAACGUAGUGAGGAUGAUGGCGGAUUCUCUGUGCGUCCUUUUGUCAGAAGUAUACAGCGUCAGAGCUUGUCGUCCAGGUCAUCUAUUGCCAGCCCUUUAGCCUUUAAUGACAGUGGAAUAAAACCUUCUUGGUCUCUCUCGGCCAAACUCCAAAUGAGAUCCAACUCACCCUCACGUUUCUCCCUCGACUCUCGGUGUUCCCCUCCCCUGGAGAGAAUAGGUGAGGCAUGUGAUGACAAGGUUUCUACAUCCUGUUUUGGCAGCUACAGUAGACAUGAACGUUACUUUGGUGGCAGGACCCCUUUGUCCAUGAUGGAAAGCAACUUAAGUGACCAGGACAACAGUAAAAGAUUCUGUGAUAUGAUGUAUUGCAGAGCUCCCACUCCAGUAGAAAAGAAGAGCACUAAAAACGAAGCAACUGAGAACAACAAUGAGAUUACAGCUAUAGAUCAAAACAUAUUACCCACUCAAGCUACACCCUCCAAAGAGCAGAAAAGAAAGAGUAGUAUUGGAGGUUUUGGCUUGAAGACAGAAAGCACAGGUUCCACACAGAGUUCCAGCAAAGUGGAGCAAAGCAAGACCUCUAAAAAACGUUUGUGCUCAACCUAUAAGACCUCUGCUUCUGAGACGUCUUCCGGUACACCUGUGAAAGGCAAAAAGCUAAACAACACUAAAGAGAAAAGUGUAAGUGUAAAGAAAAGCACCUCAACACCCAGCGGAACUCCCUCCAAAACAAAAGACUCAAGUCAGUCUCAAGAGGCAACACCACAACAUAAGACAUGCGUCCGCUCCACACCUCAGUCUUCAGCUUCACCCUCACCGACUUCAAAGAAGAAUCAAAGUGUCGCUGAGAAAAGUUCCACAAGCAGCCGGAAACGAGUGGUCGAAAGGAGCUACAGCAGAGAUUCUAUGCACACCAGCCCCCUGGUCGACAAUCUCCGGGGCAGCUGUGUGGCUCGCUCUUCACUUAUCAAGAACGGGGAAGGCAACAGGCCUGAGAGGAGGUCUGUGAGAAGUUCCAGCAGCAGUUCUUCAGUUACUAGCCUGCGCUCACCUAGUGUGUCCACCAGAGACCUGCAGCGUAACAGCAAAUCUGAGGAGAAAGGGUUGUCUUUCUUCAAGAGUGCCCUCCGACAAAGGGAAAGCCGCCGGUCGGCCGAUUUGGGAAAGAGCACCUUGCUUAGCAAAAAGGCCUCAGAGAGGACAUGCAAGCAGAAUGGACAAGCCAAGGAGAUGAGUGGUGACGGUGGAAAGACAGCAGAUUCAGCGUCUUUGCAGACUUCCAUGGAAACUCAUGGAGGUGAGACAAAGUCUGUGACAAAGGAGUCUUCCAAACCCCCCAGCUCUCUCAGUCGCAGUCUACUAAACGUAGGCAAGUCCAAGUCUUCCACAUCUGACAUAAGUAGCAAGUCUCCUUCAAAUGGGAAAAAACCUCUUGAGAGGAUGGCAUCUUCCCGAAAGCUGUCAUCGAGCAUGCAAUCUCCUGCACGAACAGCACAGAGGCCUCAAUGAUACAUCUGUAGUAAUGAUAUUAAACAAACAAAUGCAGCUAUUUUUUGUGCCUACGUUUCAGUCAGAAACAGAUGUAUUUAAGACAUAUUUUUUUAAUGUUAUGGUUUUGUACACUGGCUUUAGAUGUGUAAUUUGGCUCUGAGAUAUAAAUAUUCACACCAGUUUUGAGCUGUUUUGGAUAAAGAAAGCACUACCUGGGUGCCAAGCACAUGCAAAGGUAUGCUGCCAAAAUUGAUUUAUAAAGAGUUUGUUUUGUUAAUUAUUUUACUUUUUUUUUUUUUUAAAGUCUGGGGUGAUUUAGAUGAUGACACCCAACCUAGUUUAUUGUGAGCAUUAAAGGAUCAUAAAACCUAAUUUACUUACUGGCACAUCCAAUCCAAUACAAUCUCAAAUGCAUCUGCUUAAAUAUUAAGAUUACUUGUCCAAGUAGUAAUUCCCUAUUAGACACCAGUAAUGCAGAAUUAGUGUAGUGGAAUAAUAUUUCUCAUUGAUUUAGACUCAUUCUCCAGGUUAAGAGGGAUUAAGGUGGUUAUUGAUGUUUAAUCACUACUCUAAGCAUUUGAAACUGAACAGCUGAGUAAACAGAACCAUAACAUUAAAAUUAGCCUCUCAUAUUGAAACUGACUUAAGGGAUUUGUAGACAUGCAAGCAGAUACAAAAGAGUUUCAUUCCGAAAUAACUGUGGCUAAACAGUCCUAAGUUUGAGUUAUUUUAGGAUUUAAAGCGAUAAGUACAUAUCUACUUCCUAUUUAUUGGUCAAUAAGGGUCCUUUUUAAGUGAGUUUUCUUUUGAUCAAAAGCUCUUCAGGAAAAGAUAAUCAAUUCUGUGUCGGGUAAUUUGACCCUAAAUGUCUUGAAAGCGUCUAAGAUUGAUAAAGAGGAGCAGGAACGAAUGAGACUGUUGCAUUAGUAUUUGAGGAAUAUAUAAUGCAUAGAUGACAAUGGGCUCUGGACCAAAAUGAAUAUUAAAAAAAAGCAUGAUAAAGAAAAGACUAUUAUACAAAUUCAGAAAGUUUUCCAAUAUUUUCAAACUUUAGUUUUUUAAAAGAGUACACUUUUGAUAGAGAUGUAUUUUAUGAAAUGUUAUUUGCAGUUCAGUCAUUUUUCCGUAAAAGAGAUGGUAUGUUUUGGAAUGAAACCCUUUAACGUAUGUAAAUAAAUGUAGAUGCAUCUGUACAUAUAUUGACAGAAAGUAUAUGGUAUGUUAACCCCCCCCCCCUCUCUCUCUCUCUCUCUCUCUCUCUUUAUGAGCAAGAUGAAAAUGAUCUUAAGCGCCUUUCAAUGCUGUAGAUGGAAACAAAUAAUUGCCUUUGGCAACAUAGAAGUCUUCUACUGUAUGCACCACUGGGUAGGAAUGUUUUGUUCGCACUUUGUAUUGAUAAUGUAGUAUGGCGAUUAUAAUCUCAUAACUAUUGAAAUGAGUUCAAGACAUUUUAAAGUAGAAUCAACAGGCUUGAAAUGGUAAAAGGGUACAUUCACCUCAAUGUGUCAGGGGUCGUUCUUUAGUAAAGAGACCAUCCCUUUAUCACACCUGGUGCUCCAACAGGCCACUGCUUCACUAGCACUAAAUAUUCUUAAGGGUACACGCUCAAAAGAUGAUGUUCAGAACUGUGACGACACAUUUCAUUAAGCCUGAAAGCUGUUGGCAAUGUUUAUCAUAACCUGUGGUACCUCAUAGGAGAUAUACUUUGCCAUUUUGUUGUUUUUUUUUUUCCACUUGCCUAAAUCAGAAUAUUGGUAAUUUAACAAGAUUCCUCUGAUGCUGUCUGGGAGUUGUGGACGUGUAUGCUGGACUUUCUGAACUAUCAGGACACUACAUGAAAUAUUAGUUUUACACUAAAAUGAUAGAAGCAGAGGCAGAAUACGAUCACUGCAGCUUUCAUGAUGCUUGCUGGCCUGUUUGUGAACAAUGAGCUUCAUCAUUGUAGAGCUGCCUACUAAUCCUUUAGAUACCAGCAUCGUUGGUUUUCAAAGAAUAAAUGUGGUUAUAAUGUUGAAAUUCAAAUCACAAAAUCAUUUUUACUUUAAAGUAAUAGUGUUUAGGUUUUAGCUCUACAGUAUUUCUUUAUGUCUUUGUACCAUCUGUCAGGUUUACAGAGGUUCUCAGAUAAUUCCAGGAAAUGCCACCUAAUUUAAACAUUACUGUGUUAUUUAUGUGGCCUGUACAGGGUGUUGGCUUUUUAAAUUUAACAGCAGUAGUUAACAUUUGGAUCUAAUAACUGCUUAAACCUCCUUUUUUAUUAGCAAUAAUAACUUCAAAUACCAGCAAACAAUAAUAAUUAUUUUUACCUGGAAAAUACCUGGUUUGGAAAUUUCUUUACGAAAUAGGACACCGGACAUGAGACUCAGAGCAAUGCUGCACAUGGUAACAACAUAUAGUAUACAAUACUUGGGGGUUAAGUUUUUAUAAUAAUGAUUUGUACUUAACACUUUGCUGACAACCAGUUCCUUCAUAUGUCCUAGAAAUAACAUCCAGAAUGUUUAAGUCUGGUGGUAUUCCUGUAGCUGCUCUUUUCAGUUUUACUCGAUUUACUAUCAGGAACAUGUGCACAGCACUUUGGAUCAAAGCAGGACGAUUUCAUGCGAAACUGACUUUCUUCGUCUCAUUUGCCUUUUUGUGAAGUCUCUAAAUGAGUUGCUGUUGUUUGUUAGUAUCAUGCGGUUACAUUAUUUAGUCUAUUCAUAUACUUGCCUGAAAAAAGAAGAUAAAUAUCAUGGACUUUAUUCAUAUAGCCAAAAACAAGUGCAUUAGAAUUUGAUGCCUCUUCACUUUUAGAAUAAUUUUUUCUUGAGGUGGCUCUUGGCAAUCUGAGUCAUACAAUAUUGUGUAAAUUUAGUUUUAUUUGAGCAAACAUUAAGUUUUUUUUUUUUUUUUAUGUAAAACACUAAAAGCCACAGCUUGUUUCCAACAUUUUUUUUUUAAAUGAAAACCAUAUUGCUGACAUUGUUUUAUAUAUAAAACAUAUAAUGUUGUGAGAUGUAGAACACAGAGUGAUAUGUAAAAUGUAGUUUAGAGUUUAAGAUUCUAAUGGCAAGCAGAAACGUGGAUAUUUUGUACAGCAUCAAUAUUUAAAGGGUAUAUAGUGUAUUAGACAAAUUACCAACCAUGUAAUAAUUGCUAAUUAUUAGCCUACCAUCUUUAAGAAAACAAAAAUGAAAAAAAAUGCUUGGGAUCUAAGUUUAUUUUACAAUUGUUUACUUAAGUUAAUUCUUAUUUGAUACAUAGAAAAGGUACCAUGGUCAACUUUUAAAGGUCAAAAAUGCCACUAAUGACCAGAAGAGUUCUGCAUUCACAGGAAAAGAUCUAUCCAGAGAAUUUAUUCAUUUAACUGUUUAAAAACUAGUGCAACAUGCUAAAUUUGGAGUAAAACUAUUUUACAUUAAUUAUUUCCCUUUUUUUAGCUUUCUUUCCAGCAGUUGUCUGCGUUUAUUUAUUUUUCUUACUUUGUUGUAAACUUGUCAAUGUACAAAACUGAGAAUGAUUACGUAAUACAGUAUUGCAUGAAAAUGCUAAUGCAUGUAUUUUAUCAACUAUGCAAUAAUCUGCAGUUUAAAAUAGAGAGCAAUGCAUGGCUCGUAUAUCCCAUCGCUUAAUUUGCACAGCAUUGCAAUAUUUAGAAACUGUAAAACAGAAUAUUUCAUCUCUAUGUAAAAAGAUUAAACGGUAAAAUCUUGUCUGGAAAAAAAACACAAUAGCAUAAUUGCUUUAGGUAUUAUAUAAUUUAUAGAUUUUUUUCUCACUUUAUUUUUCUAAUUCUGCUGAUCUGUGCUCUAUGGGUGCUCCUACCAAAUUGGUGGGUUAUAAUUACUUUUUUUUUCUCCCCUCAAUACUGUUGUACACCAGCAGAGACAACACUAUGGCUGCGAUAAUCUAUGUGGUUACUAAAUAGUCUCAUAAUGUAUGUAUGUGUUGUGGAAAGCAUUUCGUUAGUUUACUUCAGUGAUAACAGUUUGUAAAUCGCUGUUGCCAUGGUCUCGACUGCCUCAAAGAUGCGGUUAUCCUCUAGUAUAAAAGCUCUAUGUAUAUGUAGCUAAAUGCAAUAAGGAGAAGUAGUAAAUCUAUAGUUUUAUAAUUAUCAAAAAUAACAUUCAAAUAUUCAGUUAAUGCUGGUUUCAGUGUCCAUGACAUCAAUCAUUUCUAUUCUAUUCUAUUCUAUUCUACAGUCAUUUAGCAGACGCUUUUAUCCAAAGCGACUUACAUUUCAGUCGACAUAUGUUUAAUUCUGAAGCAGUUCAUCAACAAACCUGUUUUUUUUUUUUUUUUAAAGGUUUGCUAUUAUUUUUCUUAUUCUGAUGACUGGUAAUGUAAACUGGGAAAGUAAAUAGAGGCUUCACUGCAGAAGCUAAUUAAGAUUAGACAAUCCUGUAUGGAGUUAUUGUUCUGUUGCAGCUGUUUUGUAAAAUUAUAGCUGCAGUAACCCCCAUGCUAAACUUCCAGCAUCCUGAGGUCGAGCAGAUUCUGUAGCGCUCCAGUCAUACACCCCCUUUGACUCCUGAGUGGACUCCUUGCUAUUAGGACGAGGGAUGCUCUGAGAAGCCUCCGGGGGUAUUUUUCCAAUGUAAGCAUUACAAAUGGAGCAUAUAGAAACUUUUUACAAGCCUUAAGCAAAACAAACUGUAACGGUUAGUUUGUAUUGUUGGAUGACAGAAAUUAGGGAGCUGUGUAAUGAAUGAAUGUCUUGUGUGAAAUGUUAUUUUUAAGCCGUUUUAAAGAAUACUAUUGUACUAAAUGCACGGCAUGCCUCCGUGUCCUUUAUUAUUUUUUUUUAACUUUUAUGCCCUUUACGUUUUAUAUAUUCACAAAUGAUUUUGUAAAAUGCAAUCUUUUGCAUUUAUUGAGAUUUGUUUUCAUUUUUAAGUUUUUUGUAAUUCGUUAUUUGUCUUAUCAGGGUCAUUAUUAAUCACAACUGCAUUAUCUCAACUGUCAAAGUUGUAUUUUUUUAUUUAACAUUAGGACCUUUCUUUCGGCCAAUGCCUGUUUAUUUUCAGUCUUUUUUAGUUUUGACAUUCUUUAGCUGUAUAUUCAUUAGACUGUCAAACUUCUAUGUUAAUUUAUUAUUUUUUUAUUAUCUUUACUAUCAUAUCUGCACUUUUCUUUUUUAUUUUCUCCUCCAAAAGGACAAAUGUGUAUAUACUGUGUUGUUCUAUCCAUGCAAGUACAAAAUGAAAAAUCUGAUUAAAACUAUUGACACUCUUA